GAGCGACAGCAGCGUCUCGAGAGACCUCCCUGAAGUGAGUUGACGGUCAGUUAUUUUUCUGUUUUCACCAGAGGAGAUGUCUCUGUCGUCCACCCAGAGCUCAGAACCGACCAGUCGGAGGAGAAGACCGGCUGAACACACGCAGGAUUCUUCUUGUGAACAAGAUCUUCAGGUGAGCUACAAUCAUGAAGAGAUCCACGACCGACUGCAGGGCUCCCAACAACUUAAUGCAAAACACACAUGCAGUCCAUCUUCAUAUCACGCAAUACACCCUUCAACAAAAUACAUGUCUGCACAAGCAUGUGCGAGCCGUCAUGCCUGUGAAGACAGCUGGGAGGAAAUCCAAAGCAGGAGAACCAUCAGAGCGGAGAACGAGGUGGAGGCCAAUAAACUGGUCAACAACUACAGGUUUGGUUUCAGAAAAUGGAAGAGUCACGUGACAGAGCGACCGUUUGAAGACCGCUCAGAAGUUGUGAAAGAGCUUUACUCCGAACUAAACAUCAUUAAACCACACUCGGGUCCAGGUCAGUUCAUCACAUGUGGAAACGUUGUGUAUGUGCUCCUCUUUGGUUGGUGGGUGUCCCUGGCUUAUUUUGUAAUGGGCACCCUGAUGUUCAUCACUAUUAUUGGUGCACCGUAUGGAAAACUUUGCUGGAAGUUGUGCUGCUACUUCUUUUGGCCGUUUGGUAACACAAUUCACGAGAUAGGUGGUACUUUGAGGAGAUGUUGUGAGGAAGCACCAGACUGUGAGUGCAGUGUAGAAGCAGGUGAUGACUCACCUGUUCUGCUGCCGUCACCUGCUGAGGUACCAGCUCCAGAUAGACCAGUACAACCUCAGCGGACCUCCUACUGGCGUCGUUUCUCCACCUACGUGUGGCUGCUGCUGGGAUACCCUCCCCUGGUCCUCGUUCACGCUCUGGUCUGCUUCAUCUCGUGGAUCUUGGUCUUCACCAUCCCAGUCUCCAAGAUGAACGCUCAGGCUCUGAGCGUCAUCCUCCUCCUGCCUCCUGAGGAUGUCUACAUCUCUACCAGCUCGCACAGAAAGCAUCAGGGCUACGAGACCAGAGCACUGCUGUGCUGCUACCAUGCUGCAAACUGGUACUACUACAAGUACACUGUGGACGGGAUCAAUGUGUUCGCUGUCAACCUCCUCCCUCUAGUUAUAGUCGCUCUGGUAAUUGGAUAUGUUGACAAAGAAAAUCAUUUUGCCAGUUCUGAUGUCAAGUUCACCAUAGCAAUCAGCUCCAUUAUACCACUCUCAUAUUAUAUUGGUAUGGGCAUUGCCAGUAUCGCUGCCCAGAGUAACUUUGCUGUCGGCGCGGUGGUCAACGCCACCUUUGGCUCCGUCACAGAACUGACUUUUUACAUCACAGCCUUGCUCAAAGGUCGUCAGGAAUCCAACCCGUGUCUACAGGAGGUUGUUAAGGCGGCGUUGACAGGCACGUUGCUCGGAUGCAUCCUCUUCAUCCCCGGCAUCUGCAUGAUAAUUGGAGGCCUGAAACACAACGAGCAGCGGUUCAACAGUCGGUCUGCAGGAGUGAGCUCUGCGCUGCUUUUCAUCUCCGUGGGAGGUGUGUUUGCCCCUACACUUUUCUCCAAGGCUUAUGGAGACCUGGUGUGCGACGCGUGCACAAACACAGGAGGAAAUGGCACGAGCAACGCCAGCGGAUCGUUUGUGUGCCACAGCUGCCACUAUGAUCUGAAAAACGGCACGCUGUUCCACAGCCACGUCCAGCCUCUCGUGUACACGGUGUCCGCCCUUCUGCCUGCUGCGUACAUCAUCGGUCUGAUAUUUACACUGAAAACACACUCCUACAUCUAUGACAUCCAUGUUGGAGAUGGACAGAUGCCCAUUCACCACGGGGCAAUUGUCCACUGGUCGCGGUGGAGGUCUCUGCUCAUCCUCAUCGGAGCCACUGCGCUCACGUCGGCGUGCGCUGACCUUGCGACUGAACACAUCCAACCAAUCCUCAACCAGCCCAACGUCUCGCAGUAUUUCUUAGGGGUGACAGUUCUUGCAAUGGUACCAGAGAUCCCAGAGAUCGUUAAUGGGAUUCAGUUUGCCCUCCAGAACAACAUCAGUUUGAGCUUGGAGGUUGGAAGCUGCAUUGCUGUGCAGGUCUGCAUGCUACAGAUACCGAUCCUGGUCCUGUUUAAUGCCUUCUGUGAUGUGGGCUUUGUGCUCGUGUUCAGCGACCAGCACACGUGGGCCAGCAUUUUCAGCGUCAUUCUAGUCAACUACAUCUUCAUGGAUGGCAAGUCUGAUUAUUUUCAGGGCACAGCUCUGGUGGUCGUCUACCUCAUCCUUCUGGCUCUGUAUUUCUUUGCUCCAUCUCCAGCCGGCUGCUAGGAGCAGGAUUAACUACCAGCUCAGGAGUUUCACAUUUUGAAGCCUGAAAGACUUUCAGUGAGUCACAG